CUCGUCUCGUUUUCGUCUCUUCUCCUCGGUAGUCAAACAAAGAACUGCGGUCUAAAAUAGCGAGAUGGAGAACCACCACCAAUCGACAUCCGCCACGUACACCACCAUCCCGAUCUCUCACUCUAACGUCAUCUCCCGUUCCCUCCACAAUCUAUCCACCACCCUCUCCCGCCACCUCCGCCCCUGGCCUCAGCUCUUGGGCUCCGGCUCCCAAUCCUUCUCCCGCCCUCCCAACUCCUUCCUCGCCCACGCCUCCGCCAAUUCCCGCUACUUCCGCGCCAAUUACGCCAUCGUGAUCGCCGCGACCUCCGCCCUCUCCCUAAUCGGUUUCCCGCUCUCCCUCUUCUUCUGCUCCGGCGUCUUCGCUCUUUGGCUACUCCUCUACUUCUUCAGAGAGGAUCCGCUCGUGCUUUGGGGACAUUGCGUCAGCGAUCGCUUUGUUCUCCUCUCUUUGGCUUUCCUCUCCGUGUUGGCCGUCUGGGUUUGCGACUUGUUUGAAAAUUUGGCGUUAGGGUUAGUGAUUGGCGUCCUUAUCUGCGGCGCCCACGCCCUUCUGAGAAAUUCCGAUGGACUCUAUAUUGAUGAAGACGCCGCCGUUUCAACCGGAUUGGUCCGCCCUGCUGCAUCAGAUUAGAGCUAAGAGUGAUCUUUUUUCUUUCCAAAUAUUCUUUGUGGGAAUAUAUUUGAUUGCAGAUUGUCACUGAUGAGCUUCCUUGCUUUGAAAAUUUGUGUGUGUGUGAUUCUUUCUGGCUGCCAUUGUUUUUUCAAUUCACUGAGAUUGAGGUUGAGAUUUUUGUUACUUUUCUACUAUUGAG